AUGGAGAAUAUAAAAGUGCUGGUGAGAGGAGGAAAUGCUUCAUUCUGGUUUGACAAAUGGCUUGCUUCAGGCGUAUUAUCAGUUAGCGUUGGGGCUGUACAUAACUCUAAGCUAUGCAUCAAAGAUGGCUGGAUCAAUAAUUCUAGGAACUCUGAUCGUUUAUUGGAGUUAGUGGGUUCGGAACUAACAGAGGAGAUUUUACAAAAUGUGCCAACUGGUAAAAGUGGACAGGACAUGUACAUCUGGAAACCUGCUCUGGAUGGUAGUUUCUCUAUUGGCACGGCGUGGGAGGCGAUGCGAGGCAAAAGCCUGAAUACAUUGUACCAUGAUUGCUUUUGGCACAAUAUGUUGCCGAAAAGUAUUUCUAUGUGUUUAUGGAAAGUUUGGUUUAAUUGCUUAGCCGUGGAUGAUAGAGUGCAGAGUAAGGGCAUUUACCUGGCUUCUUCAUGUGAUUGCUGCGCACAAAAAGCCACAGAAACUAUCAACGAUGAUAGAGUGCAGAGCAAGUGCUGUGAUGGGAGUCCCGUUUAUGCAUCAGAUGCCUUGGAAAACCAGAGUUAUGGUCUGGGUUUUAAAUUUCAGAUUGAACGUCCGAGAACUGGGGCGAAGGAGGUAAAAAUAGUGACUUGGUCCAAACCUCCCUCGGGUUGGGUGAAUCUAAACUGCGAUGGGAGCUGUCGUGGAAAUCUAGGGAAUUCGGGAGGUGGUGGAAUUAUCCGUGACUCUUACAGUGUGGUGAAAGCAGUGUUCUCAACUCACUUUGGGAAUGGGACCAAUAACAGUGCCGAGCUUAAGGCGAUCGUGGAGGGUAUUCUUCUUUGCAAGCAAUUUCACUUUUUUAAUAUCAUUAUUGAAAGUGACUCUCGUAUUGUUGUAGACUGGCUCUGGAAAGGGAGAUGUACCUUAUGGUACCUUUGGGAUUUAUGGGAUGAUCUAAAUGGAGAGCUCAUUGGAUAA